AAACACACACGACCGCGACGCCGCCUCUCCUCCUUUUCCGACGAUCAAUCUGUCUCUAUAAAUAGCAACUCUCCUUUUAUGUGGCUCAUGGCUCUGCAUCUUUUCUUUCCUUUAUUAUAAAUAUAUAUUGCCCUCUCUCUCUUCUUCUUCUUACUCCAUUUGACGUCUUCUCAGUUCUAGAGCGAUUACUGUGGAGAUUCUUCGAUACCAUUGAUUAGGAAUAUACAUUUUUUUUCAUGGAAAGAAGAGAACCCAGAUAGAAAGAUUCGAUCUUUUACUUAGUUUUUGGGUUUUUGGUUUGAUAGAUACAUUGUUGUUCAUUGAAAGAAGAGAACCCAUAUAGAAAGAUUCAAUCUUUACUUAGUUUGUGGGUGUGUUUGUGUGGUUUGUGAGGUGGGAGACGAAAUGAGAGCGAGAUUGAUAGUGUUUCCUGUAAAAGGGAGGAACUGGUGUUUUACCAGAUCAAUUGAUCCUCUGGUUUCGGAUUCUGGUUCUGGAAAUACUCCUUCUACUCUCAAAGAUCUCUGGAAAAGGAUCAAUUUCAGUUCCAAUCCCAAUGUUAAUUCUACUUCCAAUGCCAAUGCCAAUAUCUUUGCUGCUAAUGCUGAACUCCUAGUUGAUUUUACCUCUAACAAGAUGAACAAUGCUUGGAUUAGUCUGGAGAAGGCGCCAGAGGGAACCUUUAAAAGAAAGAUUCAUGGGGUGGGAUUGAAGCUAUUAUCUCGGGUGAAGCCGUCUGAGAUGUUUUUGAAAUCUAUCACUAAUGAGGUCUCACAUGUUGAAGUUACAUACCCUUCAAGCUUAAAUGCACGACUUGUGCGUAGGAGGUUACGACAUAUUGCCAUGAGGGGAUCUAUCAUACACAAGAAGUACUUAUAUGGAUCGGUUAUGUUGCUCCCUCUGACAUCUGCAUUUAUGGUUUUGCCUUUGCCUAACAUUCCCUUCUUCUGGUGUUUAUUCCGUACUUACUCUCAUUGGCGAGCUCUCCAGGGAAGCGAGAAGCUUCUUCAGCUAAUCUCAGAUAGCGCGGAGACUCCAGAUGGAAAUGGAGUUGAGCAUGGAACGAAGAAGUUACUUAGUUCUCCUUGGGUUUUGCAGCCAUCCAAAGCACUUGAGGAACUUCUUCAUCAGGGAGAUGAUGAUCUGAACAAGCAGGCUAUAUUAAAAAUCUGCAAAGCCUUUGAUUUGAACUCGAAUGAUGUUUUAAAAUACAGAGAUACAAUGUAGUUAAAUUGUUGCAAAUUUUUUUCUGUUUUCAAAUGUAACAUCACAAUCUCUUGGAAAGGAAAUUGAUUGUUGGACACAGUAUUCUGUCUGAAAGGAA